AUGGGUAGCUGGCUAGAAGUGCCACAUCACUCGGCCUGGGUCGUCUGUGGCGACGUCUUUUGCAAACGGCGAAUCAAUAAAGAAGCACGUUGCCUUGCUGAAAUGAAGGGCAAUGAGUUCGAGCUCACUCCAACUUUAGUGCGCGCUGUGCGUCCUUUCGUGCUCGACGAGGCUGUUCUCACUGAGGUCACAGACGACGGGAACCUGAAUUACAACGACCGGCGACUGUCACUAAUUCUUUCUAGAAGCGAGAGUAACGUUGACUUCAGUGAGAAAGUGACCGCGCUCAUGGAUGAGCGUUGCAUAGGAGGGAAUGCCCUGCAUGCUACCGGCCGCCGAUCUGAGACUCCGCCCGAUAGGUUGACGCCACUGGCGCAGGAGUUCCAAGGCUGCCUGACGAACGCACGGAUCGUCUUGGUUUAUUACCGGGAGAAGGCGACGGCGAGACGCGGCGCGAAAAUUAUGACGGACCAGGCGGAGCCGAGCAUUGACAAGCCGGAGUUCUCCUUCGCGGAGGGGCUCUCGAAGGUGCGCGUGCAAACACCCAUAAGGGAGUACCCUGCGAUGCGGGAGCCGCAACUGCUGGGCGAGCCGUGCAUGCCGGACGCCAUCGAAGCGUUCGUGGACAAGGAAGACAUCUUUUCAAUUCAAAAAUCAGCGCCCACAGCACGCAGCACGUACAAGGCAAGCGGGGAAGGAACCUGA